AUGAGGUCUUCUUUCAACUUCGUCUUCUGCGUCUCGGCGUUGUGCUUCGCCGCACUCGUCAGCGCAAAUCUACCUCCCACUGAUGACGUCAUCCAGUCUUUCAACGUUUCGAUUCCCCUCAGUGAGUCAGUGCUUUCGGACUUUCUUACAGACGGCACCUCGAACGACACCAUCACCGCCCUCGGCUAUGAUCCGUCUUACGAUUACCAGGGCUGGGCCAGUGUUGAAGUCUGGACCGGGGGUAGCUCUCGCAAGCCUGUCAAUGUCGGCGAGCUGACUGGCAGCGCCCUUUACCACACAGUCUACAACAUCUUAGGCAAAGCUUGUCCGCCUAUGAAUAAUCCUCGGGGCAACUACAGCAGCAACAAAAACUGGUCCGGUUUCUGCACCAAGUAUCUCUAA